AUGGGCGGAGGUCUUAACGACUGCAUAAGCAAAGUUAAGUGCAGCAACCCAAGCGCUCAGGGCAUGGUAUUUAUCGAGAAGCGGUUCGGCAAGAAAUUAUUCGAGGCCGGUGUGCCGCCGUUAGAAGUUCAAAUCUUACACCAGAUUCAGGACCAUGACCAUAUUACGAAGAUGGUUGACCACUUCCUCGAUGAGUCCAUUCCAGCGGGGGCUGUAUACAUGGAGUAUUGCGACGUCGGAAGCCUGGCGGACGUGGUAGAAGGGGUCGCCCAAAGCUUUUACGUCAACGAGCAUAAGAUAUGGAACUGGUUCCACCAAGUGGCUACUGCGCUUGCGUAUUGUCACCGUGGCCCAAAGCCUGACAUGAGUGACGACGAGAUUUUCCAAUCCGGUUGGAGCAGAAUCUACCACCGAGACAUCAAGCCUGGCAACAUCCUGCUGACGAUUAUGAACGGUCACGUAGUAGCAAAGCUUGCUGACUUUGGCUAUGCAGUGACUGAAGAUAUUCUGGCACUGGAGCGUAGCCGAGAACACGCGAUAAUACAGCCAGGAGGGACGCCUGGGUUCGACGCUCCAGAGAUGCCAUUCUUCAGCGGCGCUUCCGACAUCUGGCAACUGGGGCUCAGCAUCCUCUGCGUAUGUACCGGAAUCAAGACACCAUGGAGCAAAAGUAUGCCCAAGGGUCAAACAUGGGACGAAGGACGACCAGCAGGCCCCCGCUACUCCUUUGAAUUGAGUGAAGUAUUGAAAAAGUGUUUGGAGAAAAGUUUUGCACGGCGUGUGGAAGCGAAUUCGUUGUUGGUCUUGGUCGUAACGAAUUACCAGGCGAUCAAGGCCAAGGUUCCCACCGAUAAAUCGCCGACGAUGGUUUUCGAUAGCAUCACGAAUGACGGCAAGGAGAAGUCGCCACCGAGACAUCGCCGACCGAUCCGUCAUUUCACUAGAUAUGAGGGCCCAUUGGGUCCUAGAAAUGCAGGCAACCAUCGCAGACUACAACCAGGUAUACCCGUUGAUAUGAUACCCUUCUAUGGGGCAGGAUAUCAUGGUGAUGAGUACGGCGAGGAAAGUAGAUGA